GCCCACCUGGGCGGGGCGGGGCCGCACCUGGCGCGGCGGCGGCGAUGGCGGCAACGGCGCGGGGCGGCCCCGGGUCCUGGAUCCUGAUCCUCGGGGCCACCGUGUCACUGGUGCGAGCCCAGGUCACCUAUGAGACCAAAGAAGUGCCUGAGAAUGAGUCCGCCGAGAUUCCCUGUGCUGCCUACGAGUAUGGGCUGAGGAAUCCCCGGAUCGAGUGGAAGUUCCAGAAGGGAUCCUCACUUGUGCUGCUCUACCACGAUGAGAAGCUGACGGACCCAUACAAGAACCGGGUCCGUUUCUCCCCCACCGCCAUCGUCUUCCUGUCGGUGACACGUGCGGACACCGGGAAGUACAUCUGUGAGGUUGUGGGUGACGGCAGCAGGAUCGCCACAUCCGAGGUCACCCUCAUUGUCCAAGUGCCGCCAUCCAAGCCCGUUGCCCACGUGCCCACCUCGGCCACCAUCGGCAGCAGGAUCGUGCUGCGCUGCACCGAGACCGACGGGUCCCCCCCCCCCACCUUCCGCUGGUACAAGGAUGGGAUGCUGCUUCCCACCGAUCCCAAAUCCAGCCCCAGCUUCCGGAAUUCCUCCUACAGCCUGGACACCACCACAGGUGAACUGGUUUUCCAGCCCCUCGGCAGCUCCGACAGUGGUGACUACUCCUGCGAGGCCAACAACAACGUGGGAUCCCCCCAGAGAUCUGAUGCUAUCCAUAUGGAAGCCAGUGAGGUCAACGUCGGCGGCAUCGUGGCCGCGGUUGUGGUGCUGCUGAUGGUGCUGGCGCUGGUGGCCUUUGGCAUCUGGUUUGCCUAUAGACGGGGCUUCUUCAGCAAGAGAAAAGACAGCACCGGCAAGAAGGUGAUUUACAGCCAACCCUCACACCGCAGCCAGGGAGAGUUCAAGCAGACGUCCUCCUUCCUGGUGUGACCCCCCCCGUGGCUGUCCCGGUGUUCCCGGUGUUCCCAAUGCCUGCUCCUGGGAAUGCUGCAGCUUCACCUGGUGCCUUGGGGGCAGCUCCACAUGGUUUUAAUGGGGGGGGGGGGUUGGUUUUAUGCCCCCCACUUUAUCCCCUCCCCUAUGAGGACAUCACCGCAUCCCCUGCUUGGGGACCGGGAUGGGGGGGUGGGAAUGUGCCCCCCCCACUGCUCCCAGUUACCCCCUUGAACUGGGGGGUAGAAAUAAACCAAACCUGUGUCCUUAGA